GGUAUAAUACGCGCUUCUUCUUCUUUUCUUUAUUGGCACCUGCUCCCGGUCGGGGGCAAUCCGGCCAAAGUAUAAUACGCGCGGUACACGGCCGUUCGGCAACGCCGGAGUACGGUACACGAAAUGACUCUUCGGGCAUCGAUCAAGGCGAGUGACGUUGCUUUUUAUUAGCCGUAUACUGCGAUCACGAGAUCGAAUCGCCGCGUAAGCUACCACAGGAGUAGCAAGGAUCCUCUGAUAACAUUAUUUGUCUAUGGACAGUGUCUGGUCGCGCGCGCGAAGAGCGGCGGUGCAGGACGCUCGGUGAUUUUCGUGUGCAUUUUUUUUUUUUGCCACCGUCGCGCAUCGUCCCGUAUCGCGAGGCACGUGACCUCCGUGAAGUUGCCCGCGAGCGCGACCGGCGGCCGCGUCGCAGUGAAGGUUGACACGAGUGGAGCGAAUUUCGAGAGAUGUCGGCGGCGUGAAGGAGCUGCAUUUCCGCAGUCGAUUGUGCGAAGUUCGCCGAUUCGAAAGGUCGUGCGUGCGGCGACGCGUGACGCGGGAGCAGGAGAGAGAGAGAGGUCAUCGCGCGUAACUUUUGUGAUUUGUAACGACGGCGCGACGAUCGUCGAUCCUGUCCGGUGAGUUCGAAUUAGCGUGGCGGGACGCGCGGAGCCGCCGACGGACGAGAUUAAUUAUAUCGCCGAGUCAACCGUCUGUCCGUCCGUCCUUCCGAUCAACCUCGGUGCGCGUCGCGUGUCGCCAUUAUGCCGGCGUUCGCCGAUCGAGCGUAAUCCGUGACGUAACCUCGAAGUUCGCAGCGGGACGACGGCGGCACAGGCCAACGUUCGCGCGGAAGUUGGCGGCCCCCUCGCAAGUCGUCCGCCGUCCGCGUAUCCGCGUAUCCGUAAUAUAAGUAUAUCGUACAUCGUGGAUAUCGUCCGGAGCGCGAUAUGCCGCGGACGAUUCCGGACGGUCCAACGACCCGCGUGUGGCACGACGAACGUUGCCUCUGACGGCGGUUUCUCAUCGAGGGAGCAGCGUCGCCGGCCUUGAAAACGGCGGGAUUGUCCGGGACAACGGCGCCGAUCCUGGUCGUCAUCGUCGCCGUCGCCAUGGCCUACGUGCUCUGGCGAGUGUUUAUGAAGAAGUACUCCAAGGUGCGGUUGGGCAUCAGGAACCUGCCGGUGAUACCGGCAGAUCGCCGGCCGCCGGAGAAAGAAGAGACAUGGACCCUGGCUGCUGAUCAACAGGAUUCGUGCGUCUUUUUUGACGGUGCCGUCGACGCCAAGGUGAAAGACGCGCAUAAUUCCGAGAAAAUACAAUUGAGACCGCCCACAGAAGUAACAACAUCCGUGGACGCGGGCGAUAACGUGGACAAUACUUUGCCACGCAGCCAAGAGACCCGGAAGAGUAAGACCAAGAAAGUGAAGAGCUAUUUGAAGAAGUGCAAGGGCGCGUUGUCGAAAGGUGAUGAGAGCGCCACGGAGAAAAGACGCCAGGAGAACUGCUCUUCGUGGUACUUGGAGGACGUUCCAGCCUGCGCGAGUCAGCAGGAGGAUCGCGACGAACUUCCGGAGAAAUACACGGAAUUCCCCGAAGAGAGACUCGAGGAGGCGGCCCGCGACGCGCCGCCCGUCGAAGAUCCCGCGCCUGAAACGCUCGAGGAGAAUUUCUCGAGGGGCGAGAACCUUGAGAAGAGUCCGCACGAGGCUCUUACCAGGCUGCUAGAGGAGGAUCGCAGGGCCGAUCUUAGCAGAAGCAGGACAUCUCUGUACGAGGACGCUAGGGAUGCGAGUCCGGAGCAGCCUGUCUCGGACGAGAAAACCCCGAUAAAGGAACCAGAGCUUUUCCGUGAUGAAGGAAAAAAAGACGCGGCGAUAUCACUCGAGACCUUGAUUACGGAAGACACGAAUCUCAACAAAUGCGACUCGAGCGACACGUUGAUAGCGGAAGUUCCAGAAGCAACCGAGACCGCAACGGAUCUCAACUCGGAAUUGACGAUCAUUGUGAACGAAGAGGAAAGCGCGUCGAAAGAGCCUGCGGACGAGGAGUUACCAGUUCCUGCAUGCUGCGGGAAUCGCGGGGACUUCGCUACUCUAGUCCGGAACUUGCUCGGACCGAUUUACGGCGACAGUGUUAUGAAUCUGCUGAUAAGACAAGCACGGGAUAUCCUAGUUUGCGCUUAUCACGGCAACUUGGAGAACUUCGUCCGGACUUAUCUCUCACCUGCUGCAGCCUUGCUAGCGGAAGUCAAGAACGUCGCCUCCGAAACGGGAAACGAGGCGGUGGUGCCUGAGGGCUGGCCUCUGACGUUAGGCGGCAGCGGCCUGAUCCUGCAGCUGGGUGAGCUCGAGGCGUCCGCGCUGCGUCUCGGGGAAUGUUACCUCUGCGUACGCAGCGCGGCUGCUGCGACUGCAACUGCAACCACCUCGUCGGUCAGCGGCGCUACGACCGCCGGUGAAGCCGUCGAGCAAAAUACCGUUGAGAUAGCAGUAGUCUGGCGGACCACGUCGAUGAGGGCCCCGGGGAUCUUGGGUUGGGACCGUGAAGACGAGUUUAUGGACUGGCGGGACCUGACAAACAAGGGUCAGCCGAGCUCGUCGAAUACGGCAAGCGCAAAUCUCAGCGGAGCGCAGCCCUCGAACGUGAUGAAAACCACCGGUCGUCCGCGGCGAAGAUCGCGCGAGGACGUGCGUCCGAGGACGCGCGAGACCAACAGGACCAGCAGCGUCGAGCAUCGUCGGGAGGAGGCCAGAUCGAUCGACAGGCUGGAACAUCAGUUCUAUCGCGAGAAUCGCCCGAUCGGCGAGUCCGAUCGUACCGCCACAGUGAUGAAGUCCAGGUCCGCGUCCAGUGUCGACGCUUGGAAGGAAGACCUCGACGGCGAGCUCGAUCGCAGCUCGAGUCGGAGAGCGCGCUCCAAGAAUUCCUCUAGUCCCACCGGCGGCGACGAGAGCCGCGCCAAAGUGAAGCGGUGCGCCAAGGUGGUCUCCCCCACAACAAUGGAAAAAUGGAAGGAGAGCAGCAGGUGCGAAAUGCGCAGCAGGUCAAUCGUGCCGGAAGAUCUGAAGAGUCCCCUGCAAUUCGAGGAAAGCGUUCUGCGGCGAGACAACGUCGCCGAUGAUUCGCUGAAGGAUCUCGAGGACAGAUUGCGGAACGCGGGCGGUCCGGACGACAUUAGCGACGAGGAUCUGCCGGCAUACAUAGGCAGUCUGCUCGUCACCGUCGAAAGAAAGAUCGAGAGGGUCUCGCUGGACGAUAUGACGUUCCCCUGUCCGGCGUGCAGAAAUAUAGAUACGGACGAUCCGUUGUUGGGGUGCAGAUGCGCCGGCGAUGACUGCAGCUGCGGCGAGGAUAACUGCGACUGUUCUUCCUCUGCGCCCGUCUCGCGAAAGGAACAAUUCGCGAAGAGCUUCGAAGUGGCGGGAAUCAAGCAUAUCGACAGUGACGACGAGGAGGAAGUACGAAUGGGAUUCGGAACCAAAAAGCGAGUCGACGAAGUAGCAUCACCAAGGACUAUCCACGACUUGCCGGAAUACGUUCUCACAUGUGGCCUGUCCCUUCCCGGAUACUCGGACGUCGCCGGGAGACCGGUUAUCGAAUUCGAGGACAACGUAUCCACGAGGGAAACCCUUUCUGUUAGAGAGACAUCGUCUUUUCUGCUCUACCUCGCUCGUCUUCUCAGCUCCGACUGCACAAAAGAUGACAUCACUAUUUUCAUACGCGGCUAUUCUAAGGAGUGUCUGGAGUUCGUGGACAAAGUAGUGGCCCUGCUGCAGGGCAGGGUCAACGUGGCUCAGGCUCUCGUGCUUCGAAAUGCCGCAACAACGGAUGGCCUGAUCGAUUCUCUCUUACCUCUCAGUAGCGUUCAGACCGUCAUCGUGAAUGACGCCAGUCUCGCAAAGUAUAUUCCCAGACGAGAAGAAAAUCACGACCAGAUGCAAUGGAUCGCUUUUUACAAGGAGUACGACAGCCUCAUGACGGAGUGGCAAUCGGCUGGUCGCAGAUUGGCCCUCGAAAUGUCGGAGCUGAAGGAAUGCACAAGCCUGUCCGGCACUUUGACGCCUCUCGGUCGGCUCCUCACGGACCCCACAUUGAGAAGAACGUCUAGAGAUGCCGAAGAGGCCAUCGCCGCGCUCGAGGAACGCGCGGCCCCGCUUCUACACAUCCAGCACGUUAGAUUGUCGGUGAAACGAGCCCGAAGACUGGUGGAGGAGGUGGGUAAGGCCGCCACCAGGCUGGAGUCGUCGUUCGAGUCGCGACGCGCGACUAUCCGCAAUCUCGCGGUUCUACGGAGCAUCGAGGAUCAAGCGCACGAGGUACUAUCGUGGCUUUGCAAGAAAGGCGAGGACAUUCUGUCGAAGCACGCCCAGCACACAGCGACGAAUUUGACGUCGGCGCGUUUUCACGAGCGAGAAUUCGAGAAGUUUUACUUCACAUCGAUGAGACACUUGGACAAGGGAAGCGAUCUUGCCGAGGCGGCGAGCACGAGCGGACUUCGGGAGCUCGCGAGAUCCUUGAAGCAGCACCUACGAGGAUUCGGCUCUCGCUUGGAAGACAGACGGGAGUACCUGGAGGACACGUCGAGAUGCUGCCUCCUGCAGGAUCGCGCCUACGAGUGGGCGCAGGAGGCUCGCCUGGCGAGCGAGAGGAGGUCCCAGCAAUUCCUGAUGGCGAGGCCGCCUCUGCCACCCGAACAUUUCACCGAGAUGAUAGCCCUGGCGGAGAAACUCGGUAAUGAAGUCCUUCUCGAGCAAUGUCGCAUCGCGCGAAAUAAGUGCGCGGAAGCCCUCGAGAGCGCCAGGACCACGUCCGCCCCGGGAAGUCCUGCGAGGAGAAGAUCCUUCACCGCCUCCGAAUCGACCUCCUGGGACGACACCCUGGCUAAAAGGACGUCCUGGGACGAUAGCGACAGCAGCGCGUCUUAUGCUUGUCCGAUGGAAAGCGUCGGAUCAGGGGGUAGCGGUGGUCGACCGGUGCUGGACAACAUCGCCGAGCUUCGAGAGAGUGCCGAGCAACUUCUGGACUGCUCGCCACCGCGUACACCUCCGCGAAGCCCGCCACCGCGGAGGCUGGUUAAGCCGCCGGUGAACUCGCAUCUUCACAGAUCGGCCAGUAUCGCGCCAGGAAUGAAGGCGAAAAAAACAAUACUGCUCAUAAUGAGGGAGAUGAUACAGACUGAACGAGACUACGUGAAGUCCCUCGAGUAUAUAAUAGAGAACUAUAUUCCGGAACUCGUGCGGGAGGACAUCCCGCAGGCGCUCAGAGGACAGAGAAACGUGAUCUUCGGGAAUGUUGAGAAGAUAUACGAGUUUCACAGUCAACACUUUCUACGCGAACUAGAGCAGUGCGAGCAAUCGCCCAUGCUGGUGGGACAAUGCUUCCUCCGACACGAGAAGAAAUUCUAUCUUUACGCCUUGUACAAUAAGAAUAAACCAAAUUCCGAUUCGCUAAUGGCGGAAUACGGCACGAGUUUCUUCAAACAGAAACAAUUAGAGUUGGGAGAUAAAAUGGACUUGGCUAGUUACUUACUGAAGCCGGUUCAGCGAAUGGGAAAAUACGCUUUGCUACUUCAACAGCUGGUCAAAGCCGGCACAGAUUUAUCGGAACAAUUAUCCGGCAAAGAGGAGAAAGAAGAGAAGGAAGAUGGUAUGAAACCGAUGGUCGAAGGUGAAGCGGAUUUGAGGGCUGCCGAGCAGAUGGUGCGAUUUCAGCUUCGGCACGGGAACGAUCUUUUGGCGAUGGAUUCGCUUCGUGAUUGCGACGUAAAUGUGAAAGAACAAGGCAGGCUGUUGCGGCAAAACGAAUUUUUAGUCUGGCAAGGAAAAGGCAAAAAAUGCCUGCGUCAAGUCUUCCUGUUCGAAGAUCUUAUACUCUUUAGUAAGGCAAGAAGAUUCCCCGAUAGGAAGAACCUUGAUAUUUACAUCUACAAACAUAGCAUUAAAACGACAGAUAUCGGUUUAACUGCCGUUAUCGCGGAUUCGCCUACAAAAUUCGAGAUCUGGUUCCGCAAGAGGAAACCAGGAGAUACAUACACGUUGCAAUGCGCGAGUGAGGAUAUUAAGAAAGCCUGGACCGAGGAACUCAGUAACCUCCUGUGGAAGCAGGCGCUUCGAAACAGAGAAGUGCGCCUGGCGGAAAUGUCGAGCAUGGGCAUUGGGAAUAAGCCGUGUUUAGAUAUAAGGCCUAGUGCAGAUCAGAUAAAUGAUCGCUCCAUCAGUGUGGCUCAACUCUCCAAGACACCCAGAUUUAGAAACUCCAUAGCGGUGUCGAUGACGGAGGAUUCCAGUCGUUGCAGCAGAAGGCCGCACAGCGUAAUUUCCGUUAGUUCGUCCUCGAGCAGCGGUGGAAGCAGCGGUCCUCCUACGACGCUCAAUCUUGGAUUAGAUACGAGUCCACGACCGCAUCAUCGUAGUACUACACUGAACAGCCAGUGUAGCGUUGAAAGCGGUAUUAUCGCCGAUAUAUCAAUCGUGUCGGACGACGGGGGUGACGGCACCGAGAGAAGUCACUGGAAUUCAACUCUGGAGAGUCCUACGUCGCAUCUACCUACGACCUCCACCCCACUGCAGUCGCCAACCAGCGCAACAGCGGCAACGGUUACCCCUGCUUCCUCGACGGAUACGAAUCUCACAUCUUACGACCAAGACUUGUCUAUUAAUCUAUGAGCUUUCCUCGACACGGGGAACAUCGGGAAAUAGCGAGUCUUAUCAUUGAUUCACUUGUUGUGUUAUGAUUGCGAAGACGUAGCACAUUACCGUGGCAUAUUUUAGAUAGGUACAAUGAGGUAUAAUAUCGUCGCACGCGUACUGUAGCACUAGAAUACAUUGUAUCCUUGAGCAACUAUAUAGUUUAACGACGAAAAAUGAGAAAAAUAUAAAAAGUCGCAUGCAAUUCGGUAGGUCGCCGCAUUACGCUUAACACGUGUGCCCAGCUACGAACUUGUAAUCGCAUUACAUAAACGUAGAUUUUUAUUCUUAAAGUUUGCGGAGAGAUGGGGUACCGAAUUUUAACGUUCAACUUUCAAGUGAAUCCGUCUGUGAAUCUAUCUUUUGAUACGCUUCGAAAAUAUCCACAGAUUUAUGAGAUCGUAAAGCUGUUACUUGUGAAGCUCACCAAUAGCUGGUUUCUAAAGUAAUGGCAACGUGUAUUUUCUUAUUCCGUCUAUUUAAUUUUACCAACGUGCUCAAGAAGACGCGAGACAAGCAUGUUCUAUCAAAUGUAAAACGCUCACAUGUCGAGGUAUGCUACAGUACCAUAAACGAUAUGCACUUGUCGCCAUCCUCAUUUACAUUGGCAUUCCUGAUAACAGCGGCGGAAAAUGUCGUGAAAAUUUCCGAUGACUUACGACAGAGCGAGAGGGAGAAGAGAGUUUUAUAUACAUUUAUUUAUAUUAUAGUUAAUAAAUAGUAAUAUUUCAAUUCCACAUUGUGUUCGCGCUUUUAUCGUAUUAUAUUAAGGAAAAUAUAUGAUCAUCUUAGAGACGCGAUUCAUACAGAAAUUGAAGAAAGUAUAUAUAUUUUCCUUAAUUAUCAUCCAUUAUAUUGGUGUUAUCUCUCGAGAAGAGAGAUGCAUCUAAUAAGUUGAUUAUGGAUUAUAUAUUCAGGAAUGUCAAAUCAAUGCGCACACAUACAUACCAAUUUGUAAAAUAAUGUAAUAUCAAAGGUUUAUACAAUGUAGCCACAAGUAAUAUAACCGAUAGUCUAUAUAUUAUUUCCAGAUUAUAUAUAUAUCAAAUAUAUAUAUUAAUAUAAUAUUAUAUUCUUUUUAUGUCAGAGUCAUUUGUAAAACCUUUAUCACCCGUCGUAGAGAUGUAAAUCUAACUCUGGCCUGUACUCGAAAGCCAAAUUUCUUCUCCUUUUGUUAAAUACUAUUAUGUUUAAGAAAUAAAUUUUUGUUUUUAUACAUGUGUGGAUAAAUGUUUUGGAAUAGCUUAGGAUCUAUUAGAAUGGUAAGCUUGCCUUAAGACAAUCCACACUACGUAUUUUUUCACACUACAAUGUUUUCUUUCGUAAAUCAAUGAAUUCAACUAUGCAGAAUCGCUCUUUACCUAACGGCUAACCAGUAAUAUUUUUGUAAGUAUAAUAAAUAUGUUACUUUUAAAAUCUGUAAAAAGUGCAAUCAAGCAAUUUUAAAAGAUAAUAUUUGAGAAACGAAAGAAUUAAGAGAUCAAUUUCAUGAAUCUUUAGACAGUCCUUAACUCUUGAUUGGAGUAAAUAUGAGUAAAAUAAUAGCUGUUUGUCAAUAUGUGAUUCUGCAUUGUUACACUUGCUUCCAAAUAAAUCGAUUAAUUAGCCAUCUUUAUUGCCAAGGUCUAUCAAGGUAUUGUAAGUACCUUAUGGAUAGUGACCAAACUGUUUAUUUCAUAUCCUUUGUGUGAGGACAAAAGUCGCAAGUAUUUAGAAGAUGUAGACGUAGAUUAUAGAGUACUACAAAGAAUUUUGGCACAGUCCGAUGCACCCUAUUUUAUUACGAAUUAUAUUUAAUUAUUUUGAUAUUCAAUCAAACGUUUAAUUGUGUUAAUAAAUUAAUUGUGUUAAUCUGAAUUUAAAUUAUGACAUUAAUAUGCCAUACGUACAUCGGUGCACCUGGCUGAGCAUCCCGAGCUUCGAAAGUAAAACUAAGCGAAAAGAAAGUAAAACAAUCUCUAUUUUCCACAUGUCUGUGAAUGCGUGUUUGGUGUUGCUUUUGAAUUAGGGAUGUUGGAGUAACAAUAAUAACAACAUAGUACCUUAAAUAAGAAAAUAUGCCGAUAGUCACUUAAUAUUACACGUUCUUAGAUAUUUAUUAAUAUUUUUUUAAGUAGAACAUUUUAGUCUCUAGAUUAAGUAUCUCCAUUAUAAAUGACAUGUAUAUAUUACAUUUAAUAACACACGAUUAUUUCAGUAUUGUAAUGUGUCUAACACCGAUGUAUUUUAUUACUUGCUAAAUAUACUGUAUUGGGUGCCUUUUGUAGAGAACUCAAAUGUUUUUGUGAACGUUAUCACAACCGUAUUAUCUACCACGUAUGUCUACCAUUUCCAGUAUGUAAUUAUUUGCCGGAAUAAAUAUUUCGAUGUUUCAUA